AUGGGCAUGAUUUUGUCAAAGAUCUGGACAACCCUGUUUCAGUCACGCAAGGAGGCACGAAUUCUGAUGAUCGGUCUAGACGCUGCCGGCAAGACUACUAUCCUCUAUAAGUUGAAACUCGGUGAGACCACAGUUACCAUCCCGACCAUUGGCUUCAAUGUGGAGACUGAUCUCCCUUAUGCAAUGAAAACCUCGGAAGUGACGGAGGCGCUGGGAUUGCAUAAAUUGCCCUCACAUCGAAAGUGGUUUGUUCAAGGCUCCUGUGCAGUAUCUGGUGCGGGGAUAUACGGGGGCCUCGAUUGGCUCGGUAAUGAAAUCUUGCGUUCGAGCAGUUAA